UCAACCGUGCGGCCCAGAUCAGAUAAUUGGCCCAAAUAUUGACUUCAAUAAUAGGACUCUGUUUUCAGGAUUACUAAAACAGGACAGAUAUCUGUUACAGAUAUUAUUAAUCUGUGUUCCCGUCAUGGUGCAGUUAUAUCCGUCGCUCCCCCACAUACGCGUCUUUUGCGUUCGUAUAGACGUUUAAGUACCGUUUAAGACGUUGGGGUACCAUUGAAGAGGUCAUUUUAUUGUGCUUGAUCCGAAAUAGACUGGAACACCGGCGGAUUUUGCAGCAGUAGAAUGUCGGACCACUGAACAUGAAAUGUACCAUUAAUGGGGAAUAUUACUCGUUGGUGUUUAGCAAUGAGAGUGGCAUUUUCAAUAUUUCUGUAUGUCCGGCACAACUUUUUGACAACUUGCUUGGCCUCAUAGUGCCUCUAAUAAAGUGUGUUUACUUCAUGCAGCCCUGUGAUUGUCACCACCUACCAAUCAGCUUUAGAGCUGAUGAUGUCACAGGAGGCAGGUCAGAGUUCAUAUAGAGUGAGUGGACAGCUAAACUCUGCACACACACACACCUGCGAGCUGCUGCCACGUCUGCUGAAGAAGAAAAACUUCAGCUUCAGCGUCAGUCAUCAGAUUUUCGUGGCGUUCGUCCUUCAUGACCUUCACAAACCAGUCUCCCGCUAACGUCACUGCUGGACUUCAGUAUCAGAGUUUUCAGGAGAUUCUGAUUUUGAACAUUGCCAGCACAGUUCCCUGCUGUGUGUUCCUCUUCAUCAACGGGACCAUGUUGUACACGCUGCGCAGUAAAGCCGUGUUCUGCGACACGUCUCGUUACGUACUCCUCUAUAACCUUCUGUUAGGCGACACCUUGCUGCUGGCGCAGAGUCAGCUGCUCUACCUGCUCUCUACGCUCAGGGUGACGAUGACGUACGCUGCCUGCGCCGCUGCACUCAUGGCCACCAACCUCUUCAACGGCAUCUCUCCUCUUACGCUGGUGGUGAUGUCACUGGAGAGAUACGUGGCCGUGUGCCACCCACUGAAACACGCCACCAUCAUCACCAUCAGGAACACGGCACUGGCCAUUGUCGGAGUUUGGGCCCUCAGCUCGCUGAACAUCCUGACUCAAGUUCUUCUUCUGCUAAAGUUUGGUUUUGUAGACGUGGCCUUUCUGUACACGAAAGACUUCUGUGGCAGAGAGAACAUUUUCCUCAAUCCAGAGUCCAAUCUUUAUGCCACAGGUUACAUGUGUUUUGUGUUUGUUCUGACGACCGUGGCCAUCGUUUUCUCCUACAUCGGUGUCACGAUUUCGGCCAGGUUGGCGUCCUCCACGGACAAAGCCUCGGCACGCAAAGCUCGCAAAACGCUGCUGCUGCACCUGGUUCAGCUGGGCCUUGGCCUCCUGUCGACGAUACACAACCCCAUCCUCUACUCCAUCUCCACCAGUCUGGGCCGAGUCAUGAUCGUACGAAUGCAGGUUCUUCUCUACCUGUGUGUCAUUAUUCUGCCCAGAUGCCUCAGCGCUCUCAUCUACGGCCUCAGAGAUCAAACCAUCAGACCCGUCCUGGUGCGACACCUCCGCUGUCACUGCAGACCAUAGAGCAGUGGUCAGCAACUAGUGGCUCAUGGGCCACAACUUGCCCGCCACCCCAAAAUUUCAACAAAAAUGACAAUUUCUUACAGAAUUCAAAGCUUUUAUUCUGAAAAAAAAAAACACCACCUGAAAGAGAUUCUGUUGCUAGAAUUGACAAAUAAGUGACAUAUGCUUGGUUUGAAAUAUUAGAAAUAAAUCAUUGCUGUUGUAAUGGA